AUGUCCACCAGCAUUCCACAUGAGCUACGUACGGCGCAAGAACCACGCCAGGAUAUGCUCUAUAGAGUCCGUCUAUCAAGCAUAACACAGGUGAAUCCUACUAUCCGCAUCUUGCGGUUGGACGUAGGACGAGGUCCGACUUACUACCAUAAAGAUCAGAAGAAUGAAUGCGAAUCCAAUCAAAACCAAUCAAAACCAUUCCACUUCCUGGCCGGCCAAUGGCUCGAUGUCCAUGUCCCCUCCGUCCCGCAAGCCGGUGGCUUCACGAUAACCUCCACCCCAAGCGAUGCAUUGCCACUGAAAAAUGAUAGCAAUAGCAACGAAACGACAGAAUUUCCAUACAUAGAACUUGCUGUCCAAGAAUCGCCAUCAAACCCACCGGCUGCCUGGCUCUGGCGGCCUAAGGAUGAGAUUCUUGGACAGGAGCUCGCAGUAAGGGUUGGGGGCAGUUUUAUCUGGCCACCCCCUGAUAUUCCGCUGGAAGAUAUUGGGAGAGUGGUGUUUGUGGCGGGUGGAGUUGGGAUUAACCCAUUAAUCUCAAUGAUAUCACAUAUCUUCAAAGACCCCUCGAAGUUACCGCACUCACCAUCCAUUCAUUUACUUUACUCGACCAGAUCCCCAACCCAACCCGGGCCUGGUGGUGACAUAUCAAAACACCUAGACCAAGUCCUCUUCUUUCCCCGGCUUCGCAACAUUCUCCAUUCUCAACAGUCACAGUCACAGCCACAUCCACAUCCACAGCACCGGCGCCAGCAUCAACAAGACGACCGGUUCCUCCGCCUUCAGUUCCAUCUCUAUAUCACAAAUCUCCACGAAAUGCCCCGCAAUCCGCCAGCCGAUUUCUCGUUGUACAAGCGUCGCAUCAAGACGACUGAUCUGCAUGAGGUCAUUGGUGGAAAAAGAGAGGCCAUUCGAAACGCGUACCGCUCAAAAGGCCGUCGAACGGUGUGUUAUAUCUGCGGACCACCUGAUAUGACGGAUGAGCUGGUUGCAGGUGCAGAAGAGGUCCUUGGGGCUGGGGUCGGGAAGGAGAGGAGCGUGUUUUAUGAAAAGUGGUGGUGA